CUGGUGUUGGAGUUUGUGAUCCGCGGCUGUGGAGAGCCGCAGAGCGCAGCGCAGCGCACGUAGCGACGGACGCGACCACAAGCCUGGAAAUUACACCUCUGUGCGGGAUAACGGAGCGAGGCAGGACCGAGGCUGGAGCGGGAGCGGACUUUCAGGAUGAAAUAAGGCGGAAAAAGGAGUGGAAUAGCCGGGGCAGAGAUUAAAGAAACGGAAGAAAGAAAGUUGGCGGUGAUUACGUAGCGCAGGUGAUCUGUACCGGCAUUACCGCUAGCACGAAGCUCCGGCCUUUCUGAUUGGUCAUUUUACAAUUGUGUGGAUAAAGCUGGAAGAACAGAACUUCCAGGACUCCGACGUCAGCGGGAAUUUUAUCAGACGACUGCUCUGCUGCAAAAGUGCAACGUGAAGCGGGCUGUCGGCAGCUGUGAUGUUGGUGUGAUCCGACUUCUAGACUACAUUUCCCAUGGAGCCGUGCACAGAGAGGCCCAGUAUUCUACCAUGGAGUCAACAGUCAGGGUGUUGGACCCACAGACCCACUAAGACUCAGGAGGACCUGUAUUUGUGAUAACACCCUCCAUCCCAUCACCUCCUCCCUCUCCUUCCCUCCAUUUGGAGCUCCUCAGACUCCUGCUGUGGAAUAAUUAAGACUUUAAUCAGGACUGGGGCAUCUCCUCUCAGUGCAGACCGGCUGAUCAGAAGCUCUCGUCGGUGUGGGACCUGGUCCGGUCCUGCUGCAGGAUGGUAGGUCUACCGUUCUGUGUGACCGUGACGGCCGCCGCUCUGCUGCUGUGCCUCAGAACUGACGUUCACUUCACCUCAGCCUUAUUUCCAGCUGCAGGUCAGAACCCGGACCACGUCCUGCAGGGGACGGGGGUGAAACCCGAGGCUCGGCGGCCCGGCGACGGCCCCACCAUCGCGCCCGAGGACCUCCCUCGAUUCCUGAGCUGCUACUGUUCGGGACACUGCCCCGACGACGCCAUAAACAACACGUGCCAGACGAACGGUCAGUGUUUUGCCAUCAUCGAGCAGGAUGAGCAUGGAGAGGUCCAGCUCACCUCCGGCUGCAUGAAGUACGAAGGUUCACACUUCCAGUGCAAGGACUCCCCCAAAGCUCAGACCAGGAGGACGAUUGAGUGCUGCAACACAGACUUCUGCAACAGAGACCUGCAGCCCACGCUGCCCCCACUGGCCCCCGCAGAGCGAAGCCCUCACUGGCUUGCCUUCCUCAUCUCCAUGACGGUCUGCUGCUGCAUGCUGAUCUGCGUCACUGUGGGAUACUACUACAGGUAUAAGUUUAAGAGCGACCGGCAGCAGUAUCAUAAGGAUCACAGGGACACGGAGCAGGAAGUCUUCAUCAGGGAGGGGGAGUCGCUCAAAGACCUCAUUCAUCAGUCUCAGAGCUCAGGCAGCGGCUCAGGGCUCCCCCUGCUGGUGCAGCGGACCAUCGCCAAGCAGAUCCAGAUGGUGCGUCAGAUCGGUAAGGGGCGGUACGGCGAGGUGUGGCUGGGCCGCUGGAGGGGAGAGAAGGUCGCCGUCAAAGUCUUCUUCACCCGAGAGGAAGCCAGCUGGUUCAGGGAGACCGAGAUCUACCAGACGGUCCUGAUGAGACACGAAAACAUCCUCGGCUUCAUCGCAGCAGACAUUAAAGGCACGGGCGCCUUCACGCAGCUCUUCCUCAUCACCGACUACCACGAGAACGGCUCUCUGUACGAUUACCUGAAGCUGACCACGCUGGACACGCAGGCGCUGCUGCGGCUCGCCUACUCGGCCGCCUGCGGCCUCUGCCACCUGCACACGGAGAUCUACGGCACGCAGGGCAAGCCGGCCAUCGCCCACCGCGACCUCAAGAGUAAGAACAUCCUGAUCAAGAAGAACGGCACCUGCUGCGUCGCCGACCUCGGCCUCGCCGUCAAGUUCAACAGCGACACUAACGAGGUGGAUAUCCCCCUGAGCACCCGGGUGGGGACGAGGCGCUACAUGGCCCCGGAGGUCCUGGACGAGAGCCACAACAAGAACCACUUCCAGGCCUACAUCAUGGCCGACAUGUACAGCUUCGGACUCAUCAUCUGGGAGAUGACUCGGCGCUGCGUCACUGGAGGUAUCGUGGAGGACUACCAGCUGCCGUACUAUGACAUGGUCCCCUCUGACCCCUCCUACGAAGACAUGCUGGAGGUGGUGUGUGUUAAAGGUCUGCGGCCGACAGCGUCUAACCGCUGGAACAGCGACGAGUGCCUCCGGGCCAUGCUGAAGCUGAUGUCGGAGUGCUGGGCUCAUAACCCCGCCUCCCGCCUCACCAUCCUCAGAGUGAAGAAGACACUCGCCAAGAUGGUGGAGUCCCAGGACAUCAAGAUCUGACCCUCCCCCCUCCACCAGACUCACCUGACACCUCCACCCCGGACCGGCUUCCUGCAUCAGGAGGAUGAAGAGGAGGAGCUAAAAGAGAAAAGGACCCGCCUCAGGGCUGAACUGUGUCUCCUCCUCCUCUUCCUCCUCCAGCCUCCUCCUCCUCUCUCUGCGCCGAGCGGCUCGAGGUUCGACGCUUUCUGUGAAAGCCAAACAAGAUGAUAAAGACAACUUCCUGUGCAGGGGAGAGGAGGGGGGCGGGGCUUUCGUUCCUCGUGAAUAAACUGAGAUUUUCUUUCUUUUUUUUUGUUGAGGACCCACCUCGCUGAGAGCUUCCUCCACAUCUGCCUGUUUCAAAAUGCCAAUAUUUUGUCUUUGUCUCUUCAGGACUGAGUUCUCCUGCCAUAUUAAGAUAUUAUCUCCAUGCUUAGAGUUAAAUAUAAGCAGAAUAAGGUACUAUAAUAACAUGUGAAUUUAAAUGUGUAAAUAAAUGUUAUCUUUAGAUGCCGUGCCUACUCGUGAGAAGAGUUAAAACCAGAACACUAUGCUGCAGAGGUGCUGACAUCCAGCCGUCUCCUCAGAGACGCCGGCGGGAGGCCGAAGGGUCAGCACGGAGACGUCUACCGUCCUGUUUGUCUGUCUGUCCACUUCCUGUCUGUCUGUCUGUCUGAUGAAAUGAAUAAAAAAAAUAGAGUACCACCAAACCUGAAGACAACCUGCACGAAAAUCUUCAGCAUCGUUUUUAAAGGGGACACAUUCUGCCUGUUCCGAGUGGCUCAGUAUGAUUAACACUUUAAAAUAAUCCUUGUUUGUCUUGCACGGCCCCUCAGUUCAUCCUGUGUGAAAAAAGUCAUUUUAGAAUCUCACUGUCUGCUCAUUGGUCUGCUUCUGGAAGCCUACAGAGGGGAUGUAUGUUUUUUGUGAGAUCCACCUCCUCUUGCUGAUGUUGAGGAACUAAACUGUAAGUGUGGGGUGUUUAACGGUUAAAAUAAUCCCAUUUUAUUGGAUACUUGCCCAGUUUAAGGCCCGCCACCCACAACUUUAUUGUGGUCGGCCAACUUCUGGAAGCCUGCCGAGGGGCUGCGAUACCAGCAGGGGCAAUGCUGAGCUUUCAGGGUCCUGGCGAUAAAAUUAGAUUCAAGUUGUGUUUUAAAGCCACUCAGGAUAAAAUUUAAGACCAAAUGAACUAAAAGUGAAUUAAAAAAAAAAAAAAGAAGGAAAACAAAUGGCAUGAAGCCCGCAAGCCCCGCCCCCCUCAGUCAUCAAACAGAUCUUACAGUCUCAGCACCACUAUCUGUACUUCCUGAUGGUUGGAGGCGAACUUGGCUGGCAGGAAGUUGCGUUGGAUUCUUACAUCUUCACUUUGCAUCAUUCCUGUUUUGGGUGAAGCGUUAGCGCUCCACAGCGCCCCCUAUGGAGCAGGGAGAGCUUUACUGUGUGGCGUGUUCGGCCUCGGGCUCACAGGGAUUAUUUUCACACGUUUACCUCAUCAUACGAAACUUUAAUAUCAGCAUCGAGUGAUUUUGAGCAUUACGUGAACGUGUCCCCUUUAAGCUGCGUUUAAUCAUUCACAGUAUCAGGAAACUUUUAGCCUAGCAUAGCACAAAGAUCAGAAACUCGCCUUUUACGAUCUCUAGAUGUGUUUGAUCAGCUUUCUUGAACGGACAUAGAAAUUAAAAUGUAAAAAAAAUAGUUUUAGCAGCAGGUGCCACUAAGCUGACAGUUUGUGCUAUGCUAGGCUACGGUUGCUGUGUUGUUGGUUUCGUGGCGGCGGUGGGAUUCGAUGCAUGAAUGAGGCUAAUGUUGGUACAGCAGCUAUUUAAGCAGUAACUUCAGUGUCUGUAAUUAAAGCUGAGUAUAGGAAUAACCUGAUGUUUUUGUAAAUGUCUCUUUGUUUCCUGCUGUCGGUGUUUUUUGGUGCCUUUACCGAGGAAAUGAAACUGUAAACAGUCUGUCCAAUGUACCGAUUUUUAAGUAAAUACUCUUAUUUUAGUACACA